AUGGAAACCCAAUUGAAUAUCCAAGGAAGAACCAUUUCGCUUGUUAAACAAAUUUCACCAGAAGAGUAUAAAGCACAAGAUAAGAAUUCAGGCUUUUUUUAUUUAUUAAAACAUAUCAAAAACCCCACUCCUCAACGAAUCAAACAAAUUAAGAAAGAAAUCCGCUUAUUAACUCUCCCUAUUAAAUGAGCAUUUUUGCUAUUCUUUAAUACAUUUUUUUAUAAUUCUUGCCUUUUUUUAUUUUUUCGCAUGUCUUCUAAUUGGAAUAUUUUUAUAUUUUUUUAAAAAAUUAUUUGGAUGGGAAAGUAAGAGAGCUAAAUCCUCACCCAAAUAUUAUCACUUUGCAUAGUGCAAGCAGCUCAGAAGGCUCUUAUUUUCUUAUGUAUGAGUACUGUGCGAAUGGGACUUUACAGACAAACCGAGUUCAGGAUCCUUUAAAAGCACUGUAUCAGAUUGCUUUGGGUAUUAAACAUAUGCAUCAGCAUGACCCUCCGAUUGUUCACAGAAACCUGUCUCCUACUAGUAUUCAAUGCCAAGGCGACGUUUAUAAAAUAUCCGGGCUUGAAUAUGCAACUGAGCAGUCACCGAAAUUGAUUCCACUUGAUAUGCCAUUUUCCAACACUGAUCUACUUCAAAUUAGUACUGACAAAUGGUUAUUCCUUAUUUAUAUAUAGCUACAAUAAUAAAUAUCAUAAGGCGUAAUGAGAUAUUUAAUUAAAUUUGGAGUAGCUCCAGAAUGCAAUGGGGAGAAUAAUCAUUCAGCUGAUACCAAAACAGACAUAUGAGGAUUAGGAAUGAUUUUUUAUUUUAUUUUAUUCGAAAAUACCCCAUUUGACAACAACCAAGAAAAAAACACAUUCCAGCUGAAAUUGCCCAAAGAAGUGCCUCAGAAAGUAAAAGAUUUGUUAAAAAUGAUGCUCCAUCCUAAUCCUAUUGUGAGAGCAGAUAUAUUAUCUGUCCUUGAAAAGCUCGACGAGCAGCAAAAUCUUAUGGAAAACCAGUCCUGCUUUGUUUCUUGCUUUCCAAGAAUUUCUCCUUUUUCUAGGCUAAAGUCAGGAAAAUCCACCUAUGGGCUCGUCCAAAAAGCAUGCCCUAAUAACUCUUUGCCACUGAAAGAAAUAUUCAUUAAAAAACUUGUUGCUAAAGUGUGGGCAAAACCACAGAAAAUCUCGAAAUUUUAUACUGAAAUGCUAAGACUACAGAAUCUGCAUAACCCCCAAGUGAGGCUUAAAGCCUGUUUAUUAUUAUUUUUGUACCUUAUAGAAGGGCCAUUAUAUGUAUUCCAGGCAACUCCGGGUGUAGUUGAAGUGUUACAUUAUAUUGAGUCCUUUUGCUCAGUGCGGCCAGGACAUCCGCUUUUGUCUGAAUUUUUCAGAAGAGUUACUAAUGCUUUUUCAGCAGCUAUAAAACAGAAAUACUAUUCCUAUAUAGAAAAGUUCGUAUUAGCCCUAUAAUAAUUAAUUGAUAUAAAAUAAAUGAUCAAUGCAACACCCAAAGAAUACUUAACUCGAGCCAAUAUUACAAAUUUCAACGGAAGAUUUGUGAUCAAUAAAGAAAAUUUCCAAUUUAACGACGCACUACUUGUAGAAGACCUUCUAAACUAUUGGUCAUCUCUUUUAAAAAUCCACGAAAUGAUAACAGUAAAAUCUCAUCUCGAAGCUAUCUGCAAGUCUAUUAGACUUACAUUAAUAGAUGAGCAAAAAAGAUUAUUAGAAAUUAUCAGCUGCUGUGCCGAAAAAUUAAGGGAGCUUGAUACAGUCUUGCCAGACUAUUUACUCCUCCCUUUAAUUUGGGACCAAACAAAUGAGAUUCAAAGAAAGCUUAAAUUUUCUCUACAUAAUUAGAAUUUUUAAAAAUAUAAAUUGAGUAAAACACUUUGGAUUUUAUUUAUUUUUUAUGAAGGAUUAAUUAUAAAAAUUAACCGAUUUAGUGUAAAAACUGUUUAAAUGUAUUCUAUUUCUACUUUUUUUUUAUUACAUUAGGUAAAAUUUUUCUAAUUUUUUUCCAAUUUGAGGUUAAAGUACCCAAAAAAGUAAUUUUUACCGAUGUUUUUUCCAUUUAAGGGUGAGUUAAAAACCUACCACCAAGCAAAAACUUUAUUUGAGGUCGACAACAUAUCCCUUUCCACACUAAUUCUAUAGAGAUUCCCUAUACAAUAAUAACUUUUUAUAUUAAUUUAUUCUUGCAUAGAAAUUCCUAUCAAUAAAAUCGAAAUCCCAAUCCCAGAAAUUUUAAUUGAGGAUUCUAUACAAGACCCAAAAAUCCAUCAGAUAAAGACUGUUUUAAGCCAGCCUGACUUGCAGAUGUCAGAAAAUGACUCAGAUUCAAGCUCAUCAAGUUCUUCAGAAGAAGAUGAAAUUGAAGACUGCCCAGGGCUAGGUUUUACAGCAGUAAAUCUUCAAGAAAUCCAUACCCAUUAUUCAACUGCAAAGGAUAACCAUAUGACGACCUCUAAUGAGUGUGAUUUAAUUGAUUUGUCCGACGCAAAUGUAGAAAAGUUUACCCAAAGACUAAGCGAGCAGUUCAGUUCAUGGCAAAUUGAUAUAAAAGAUGUAAGGCAGAUGAGGCAAAUUGGCAAUGGCAGCAGCAGUGAGGUGUGGCUUGGGCUGUAUCAAAAAACUUUUGUAGCAAUAAAAAAGCUAUUCCUUUUUAAAUAGUCUAUAUCUAUAUUUAAUAAGCAAUUUAUAACAAAUAAUCAUUAUAGAUUUUCAUAAAAAAAAUAGAAAAGCAAAGCUUAAAAGAAUUCGGCAGAGAAGUAAACCUCCUCAUAAAACUCCGCCACCCCAAUUUGGUAUUAUUUAUGGGCGCCUAUAUAGGUGAACCUCUCAGCGUAAUCACUGAAUAUUGCCAAGGCGGCGAUUUAUUCCACCUCCUACACAAGCGAAAAGAUAUUUUCAUAUCCUGGGAGCAAAAGCUUAAAAUGCUAAAAGAUGUCGCAGUCGGCAUGAAUUUUCUCCACGCAAAUAAUUUUAUUCAUAGAGACCUCAAAUCUUUAAAUUUAUUUUUAUCAGCCCAAGUGCAUAGACCUACUGAUUCUAUAUUGGUAAAAGUGGGAGAUUUUGGACUGUCAAAAGAAUGCAGAGCAGAAGGACUAAUGACAGGGAAACUAGGGACGUGCCAUUGGAUGGCGCCAGAAGUAUUAAGUCAGUCUGAUUAUUCGUAUAAGGCUGACGUGUAUUCUUAUGCAAUCGUCAUGUAUGAAGUCAUUACUAGAGAAGUUCCUUAUAGUGGGCUGACUCAUAAUGAUAUAAAGGAAAAGGUGCUAAAUCAGCAUGCAAGGCCUGAUAUGGAGCAUAUCCCGCCAAGCUGCCCAAAAGAGCUAAAAAGACUUAUGAGUUUGUGCUGGAGGACAGAUCCGAAUAAAAGACCCAGUUUUGCAGGAAUUGUUGAUAUGUUGGGUUAUGUUGAAGUUCCUAACUCCCCCUCUCCAUGAUCGAACAAAUCAUUGGAAGAAUUCCUAGUUUUUGACCAAAAACCCACCCUUAAAGUCAGCCAAAAUUUUUUAUUAUAAAAAUAUUUUAUGAAAAAAAAAUUGAUGUAUAAGUGAUAAUUAGUAUAAUGAAAUCUCUUAGGAAUUCCGGUUAAUUUUAAAUAGAUUGCAUCUUAAACCAUAAAUUUUUACAUUGCAAAUUAAUAUUUGCUCCCUUAAAUUUUAUAAAUUAGAAUUUUUUUAUUUUUUUAAAAUAAAAAUUAACCCCCUCUGUGAGCGAACAAAAUUUUUUGUUCACUCACGGAGGGGGGUAGUAAGUCUUAA